CAGCCAAGUUUGCCCUUCCAGCGUUCAGUGCAGGGGCUGUUUAUCUAACUCAGCUCAUUGGGAUUCCUUUUGAGGCAAGUAGAGAGACAAAGGAUCUUGUCAGCACUAAUUCAUGAGGUACCAAAUCAUGUAUCCAGUUGGAGGGAUAUCUGCAAGCAUAUAUGCCAACAGGCUCCGGGCGGAGGGCAUGGGCUCCAAGGACCAAGCUGUGCUCUUUGCCAGCCAGGAUUAUGAGGCACUGAAGCAAGAAUGUCUGGAGUCAGGCUGCCUGUUUGAAGACCCCUAUUUCCCUGCUGAGCCUCCAUCCCUGGGCUUUAAGGAACUUGCCCCCUAUUCUGCUAAAACAAGAGAUGUGGAGUGGAUGAGGCCCACGGAACUGACAGAAGACCCUCAGUUCAUUGUUGGUGGUGCAACCAGAACAGACAUCUGUCAGGGAGCAUUGGGUGACUGCUGGCUCUUAGCAGCCAUUGGUUCUCUCACACUGAAUGAGAGGCUUCUUCAUCGGGUUGUCCCACAUGGUCAGUCCUUCCAAGAUGAGUAUGCAGGAAUCUUCCACUUUCAGUUCUGGCAGUUUGGCGAAUGGGUAGACGUUGUGAUUGAUGACAGAUUGCCUGUGAAGGAUGGAGAGCUCAUGUUUGUCCAUUCAGCUGAGGGCAAUGAAUUCUGGAGUGCACUCCUGGAGAAAGCUUAUGCUAAACUGAAUGGUUCCUAUGAGGCUCUGUCUGGAGGGAGCACCACUGAAGGGUUUGAGGACUUCACAGGUGGUGUGUCUGAGAUGUACGAGCUCCGUCGAGCUCCUAGAGAUCUCUACAGGAUAAUUGGCAAAGCCCUGGAGAGAGGCUCCCUGUUGGGCUGCUCUAUCGAUAUCACCAGUGCCUUUGAUAUGGAGGCUGUUACGUUCAAGAAACUUGUGAAGGGCCACGCCUAUUCGGUCACUGGUCUGAAGGAGGUGGAUUUCCAUGGCAACAUCGAACGCCUAAUUCGAAUACGUAACCCUUGGGGCCAGGUGGAGUGGACUGGUGCAUGGAGUGACAAUUCUUCUGAAUGGGAUGAGAUCGACCCCUCUGAACGAGAAGAUUUGCAUCUGAAGAUGGAAGAUGGAGAGUUUUGGAUGUCCUUCAGUGAUUUCACGAGGCAGUUUUCUCGACUAGAGAUAUGCAACUUGACUCCAGACGCCCUGAGUGAUGACGGUCUGAGCCACUGGAACACCAUGAAGUUCUACGGCACGUGGAGGCGAGGCAGCACCGCUGGGGGCUGCAGGAACCAUCCCAACACGUUUUGGAUCAACCCUCAGUAUAAGAUCACAUUGCUGGAGGAGGACGACGACCCAGAGGACGAUGAGGUGGCGUGCAGUUUUUUAGUAGCCCUCAUGCAGAAGGACCGUCGCAGAUAUCGACGCCACGGUCAAGACAUGCACACCAUUGGCUUCGCUCUGUAUGAGGUUCCAGAGGAGUACAGAGGCUGCCAAAAUGUCCAUUUGAAGAAAAAUUUCUUUUUGCGCCAUUCAUCGUGCGCUCGCUCGGAGACCUUCAUCAACCUGCGGGAGGUGAGCACACGCCUCCGUCUGCCCCCUGGAGAGUACCUGAUCGUUCCAUCCACCUUCGAGCCUGGUAAAGAGGCCGACUUUGUCCUCAGGGUGUUCACUGAGAAACAGUCAGAGACUGAAGAGCUGGAUGAUGAAGUCUCUGCCGAUUUAGGAGAAGAUGAAGAAAUAACUGAAGAUGACAUUGAUGACUCUUUUAAGUCCAUGUUUGCCCAACUAGCAGGAGAGGACAUGGAGAUUUCUAUUCGCGAGCUGAGGACCAUUCUGAACAGAGUUAUCGCCCGGCACCAAGAUCUGAAGACUGAUGGCUUCAGUAUGGAGUCCUGUAGGACCAUGGUCAACCUGAUGGAUAAAGAUGGUAGCGCCCGUUUAGGACUGGUGGAGUUUCAGAUCCUCUGGAACAAGAUCCGAAAGUGGCUGGUCAUUUUCAGACAAUUCGACCUCGACAAGUCAGGAGCCAUGAGCUCAUAUGAGAUGCGACUUGCUGUGGAAGCGGCAGGUUUUAAGCUGAAUAACCAACUGCACCAGAUUUUGGUUGCUCGGUAUGCAGAGAAUGAGAUGAUUGACUUUGACAACUUCAUCUGCUGUUUGGUCAAGCUUGAAGCCAUGUUUAGGUCUUUCCGGCAGUUUGUCAAGGAGGAAUCAGGACAGGCAGUGAUGAACCUGACAGAGUGGCUUUACCUGACCAUGUGUGGUUGAAGAGGACCAUCUGUUAAGGUGGAGGGUAUUGAAUAAAGGCACAGUGCCUGCAGACUGCCACGAAGCUGGAGCUAUGAAGACCCUUUAGCCCUAGAAACCUUCAGGGUACAAAUCCCAUCUCAGCUUAAAUAAAAGUUGCAAAAUAGCUGCAUAACAGAAAACCAAAGUCUAACCAAGCCAACAUAGUGUAUCCUGGACAUAUUUGAGGAACUAUGCAAAGCUACAGCAUGUAGCAGUCACUGUGUGAGAGAAAUCUGUCAUCUUUAUAAAAACAGCAUGGCCACGUGCAUGACAGAAAUCACUAGCUGCAAUGUUUCACGCGAGUCGCUUUUUACAUUAACACUUUAGUUUUGCUGUUAGUGUGCUCAUCACCUGAAAAUUUCACUCUUUGAAAGCUGUCUGAAAAUCUGUUUCUGUGGUACUUUAAAAAGUGUUAUAAUUUCUCAAUCAUCCUGCAUUCAUGUUUAAUUUUUUUUUUAAACUUAUUUUAGAAAACCAGAAGUUAUCACUGUGGUGUCAAGUCGGUAGUUUCAUUCUUACACCUGUAGGUGUCAGUAGAGAUCCAAUCUGAUGUCAGUGACAAACUUGAAACAUUUUAUAGGUACUCAAGUUUAAAAAGUUCAAUACAUUAAUGUUCUUUAGAUGAAGUGAAGCCACUGACCUCUUAGUUUAUUACGUUGCACUUGAAUUGUGGUUGAAGGAAGCUGCUUGAGAAGUUGCCUCACAUUAACACUAGUUUAUCAAUUCACUUAAAUGACAUUUACUGGAAUUACGUGAUACUGAUUGCCUUAUCCACACACACACACACACACACAGUACAGCUACUAAAAUGUGCCACUCAUGUGUUUUGUGUUAUGAAUGUAUUUUGUGCCUUCAUUAAAUAUUUCUCUCAAAAGUU